UUCAUCAAAGACAACAAUCACGAUCCAUACGAGAUUUUCAAAUGGUUUUGCUGUGAGCCUGAGGAUGAGCAAUCACCACCACCACCGCAUAAAAAUAAUAAGCCAGAAUAUUAUUUCUUGAUUGGAUUUUUGUGGGAAUGGGGAAUUGGGACUGAGUCGUCUAUGAAAGAUUCUUUUUAUUGGUAUCAAUUGGCGGCGGCGGAAUCUACUAAAGACGAUCCGGUCGUAUAUAAUCAGGUGGGUUAUUGCUAUAGUAAAGGAUUUGGUGUGCGUCAAAACCAUGAAUUGGCAUUUUCUUAUUUUCAAAAGUCGGCUGAGUUGAGAUAUGCGCCAGGGCAAAAAAAUCUUGCAAACUGUUAUGCUAAUGGACUGGGUGUCGCAAGAGAUCUUCAAAAAGCACUUCAACUUUAUCAAGAAUCUGCACAGGCGGCAUACUACGAAAGUGCAUUGAUCCUCGCCCAAUAUCUCAAAGCUGAUACCAAAUCACAAGAAAACCAAGAAAAGUCACUCAACUGGAUACGAAUCGCCGCCUAUGAUUCCUAUCCGCCUGCGCAAACAGAGUUAGGUCUACAUUAUCUCAACUCGAGUAAGGCUGAAUCAGCAAAAGAAUGGUUCAAACUAGCUGCCGAAAAUGGAGAGCCACGUGGACAAAUACAAUACGCACACUUCACGCGGGACUCGACGGAAAAAUUCACUUAUUUUAAGAAGGCAGCUGAAGCAGGAGACAUAGAAGGACUCUAUAGGUUAGGUGACUGUUAUCUUAUGGGAAUCGGAACACGAAUAAAUUGGAAUAAGGCAACACGAUGUUUUCUUAAAGUCGCUGAGAAAAAUGGAAAUUAUUUCGAUACGUACACAACGCGAUGUUUUCUUAAAGUCGCUGAGAAAAAUGGAAAUGAUUUCGAUACGUACACUACGUUGGCGUAUCACUUUUCUCUUGGUAUGGGAUGUUCAAAAGAUAUGCAUAAGACUAUGCGAUAUUAUAAGUAUAAAAUUUAA